AUGGCGUCAGUCCAGGAACCAUGCAAGCUCCUCCGCAAAUGCCGCGAUGUAAUGGCCAGGCCGAAGAAGACAUACCCGCCCAUCUCAUCAAUCCCCCGAACGCCAGAGGCUCGCUUACAUGCCCCGCCGUCGACAGCCACCUCCGUCCUCUACCUUGCAUAUGGCUCCAAUCUCUGUGCCGAAACCUUUCUUGGUGUCCGCGGCAUCAGGCCCAUAUCUCAGAUUAACGUGUCGGCGCCGACCCUUGAUCUUGUGUUCGACCUCCCCGGCGUUCCAUACCUCGAACCUUGCUUCGCCAACAGCGCCCUUCGCAAGGUUCCCAAACUACCGGAUCCGACAAACCCGCCUAAGGUACCACCCAUCCACCCACCCUGGUUCGCCGCAGCCGAGGGAAGCGAUCAAUAUGAAGAGAACGGGGUCGCGGUUGGACCAUCACAAGAUGCGCGUUGGACCAAGGGUAUAGUGGGCGUCGUCUACGAAGUCACACCUGAAGACUACGGCACCAUUCUUGCGACCGAAGGCGGUGGUUCCAGCUAUGCCGAUAUUCUCAUCCCGUGCUUCGCGCUGCCGCCUCGCAUAUCAGUACCUGAGAAGCCACCCAUCGAUCUACCGAAGCCUUUCUUCGCCCAUACGCUCUUCGCACCGUCCAUCCCCGAAGAGGGCGAUGGCAGCGAAGGCGACUCCACAGCAGGCGAUGGUCCCAAGAAACCAGACGAUCCACGAAAUAAGUGGUAUUGGCGUUUCAUCCGCAGGCCUCACCGGGACGACCCCGCGUAUUCGCAGGCCUCUGCGCGCUACCUCAAGCUCAUCACCGAUGGUGCACGGGAGCAUGAACUUCCAGACGACUACCAACGGUACCUGAGCAACCUGCAAGCGUACACGAUUACGACGUGGAAGCAAUCGGUCGGCAGACUCAUUCUGCUGUUUACCAUGCUGCCCUUUUUCUUCAUUGUCAUGUUUGGCUCGCGGUUGCUGGCCGACAAGCAAGGACGCGUUCCGCUCUGGCUCGCCGGAACAAUGGCCGUGGUACAGAACAUGACAUGGAUGUUCUAUGAUGCAGUUCUGAAGCCCAUAUUCGGUGACGGUGAGAGGACGCAGGAUAAGGAGGGCCACGGCUCGAGAGGAUGGUGGAGGAGGCGGGGAUGCGAGACUGACGAGGAAACGGCUCGUCUGCUGGAUUGA